AUGCGACAUGCAAUGGCGGCAUCACUGCUUGGCAACGACGGUCCCCGGUGCCGUGGACUCCCUUCAACUCAGCCUUUGAAACGUGUUUCCCUCCCGACGAACGCGAUCCGAUGCCAAGCUCCGCACGCAGGACCGGCAAGAGAAAAACACGCCGCUCAUCCUGGUUUCCGAUGUGCAUCUCCGCUUCUGCUGCGCCGCAGACAGUGUCCUACUUUCUGUCCCGACACCGAGUCGACAGCUGAGACCAGAAUGCAGCGACCAAGACGACACCGUCGAUCAACGCACUUCCACGGACUUGUUCGUCCUCGCAUUGUUGUGAAAACAGCACAGCCCUCGACAUUGUUUGCGUCAUGA